AUGAAUAAAGAAAAUGAAGUAUUUAAUUUGGCUGAACCAAUUUGCAAGGCUCAUCAAAAUAAGAAGGCAAAAUAUAAAAUUGUCGGUGUUCCAUUCGUAAAACCAAAGUUUAACUUGACUGAUUUAGUUUGUUCUAAAUGUGCAAUUGCUCUAGUUAGUUAAGGAUACAAGGUUGAUGACAUUGAGUCAGAUUAGACUUAAGUUAGAUAAGAAUAAAUACAACAGUUUCUUGAAACAAUUUCAUAAACUUUCUUAACAAUAGAUCAAAGUGAAUAGAGUCUUCUAGAGAAAAAGGAGGAUUUGGUUAGAUUCUGUGAGAAGUAGAAAGAUAAGGUACGAGAGCAUUAUCACAUAAUGACAACUACUUUGGACCACAAACUAAAAGAAUAAAUAGACUAUUUGAAUGAAUUGUAGGGCAAAGCGUUAACAAUGUUCGAAUAAAAAUAACAAGAAAUCAAAGAGAGUCACAAUGAAUUACUAUAGAUGUAUAGUGACAUCGAAGUUAACCUUGAUAAUAUAAUUCUAUAAAUUGAAUUGCUGCCUUACAAAUAGAUAAUGGGUCAAUAUAAUAAGAGGGUGUAGGAUAUCUAGUAAUGUCUUGGUAAGAUGGAGACUUAGAAUGUUUAUUUGGGAAGAGUAUAUAAAAAAGCAACCGAUUAAAAAAUACUUGGAGGUUUAUUUGAGGAUAGUGAAUUAGAGAUAAAAAUAGUUUAAACAUCUUUAUUGAAGACAGAACAAUAGUAGGGAUAGUCUGUUUCGAGGUUAAUGUCACCCUAAUCAACUCAGGUAACAACACCAACCAAUCAAACACCUGAUAAACAGAGAUCAAAUAGUUAACCUAGUAAGUUCUUAGAGAUUUUGAAUAAGGUUAAUGAGAACUAAUUGAAAACCAAUAAUUUCUAUACUCAAUUGUUGAGAAGAGAUUCCUCAUUUGAUCUAAGUGAAAAAUAUUGUUCGCCUUCAUUCAAAAAAUGA